GCUCAAAGGGACUUUGUAGUGUCGUUGUGAAGGUUUACUGAUGUGCUUUAAAGAAAAGAAGGAGCACAAUGUGGACCUUUGUAUUUCUCUUCAUCCUUGGUACAAAAAUCUGCCAGGCUGCAGCUGAAGGCAACUCAACACAAAUGUUGUAUGCCCACAUGACAAUAGAUGAAAGUGUGCUGAAAUUUAUGCCUAACUCUUCUGAAUUUCAUUUUACUGACUUGAGCAUCGAAGAAUUUACCAUUACAACAGAGUGUAGGAAUGAAACAAACAACAAAAAUUGUAACUGCAUGGAGGGUUACACAUGGAGUGAACAAGUUGCUAACUCUCAGUCAUGCAGUAACAAGACUUUUUGCACCUUCCCCAUGAACUCAUCUUACACAUGUGUUUCAAUAACCUCAGUCAGUAUCAUGGGCUCAAUCACUGUGGAUGGGUCACAGUAUUCAGAUUGUCUGACCGAUAAAGCUUCACCAGCUUAUAUGAACUGUUAUAAUAAAUUGUUUGUCCCGAUGAAAACACAGUUCAGCUUUUUAAGAGGAUUUGAGACUUUGAAAAUAAUACAAUUCAGAGUUGGGAGCAUCAUCGUAGAUUUUCAAAUAACCAUUGCAAACAGCAUCAAUUCAAGCAGUCUGAUUGAUAAGUCACAAGAACUGGCCAAGAACCUGUCAGCCUCGCUUAGCCUGCAGACAACAGGUGUUGUCGUUAUAACUGUGCCAAGCAACUCUGUGAAAUACAACGAGUCUGCCGAGAUCACCUGCACUUCAGAAAAUGACCUAAAAGUCCUUCCACUCUGGUCUCUGAAAAGAGCGGACCAAGAGAUUAAAAUAACUGACGGCAGCAAUGCACAUUUGACCACAGUGUCAAAUUUGAGCAGAGUCCACCUUGACAGUGUAGAUGAAAACUGGGAGGGAGAGUACAGAUGUUCCUUUGUUCAAAUGUCAGGGAACACCACCAUAUAUAACAACGCCAAUAAAACAAUGGAUGUAUGCCUCCUGCCAAACAUUGAGGCCUCCAGUGACAUGGCAUUUCCACUCUGUAUACAGACAAGUAAUGUGUUCCAAGUGAAUGUCAAUUGCCAGAUAAAGAAAAGCACUGAAAACUAUACAGUAACAUGGCCAGAUGGUUUCAUCGUUGGUACUACAGAUUAUAGUAAUGACGUGCAGACUUACAAAGCUCAAACAGUUAUUAAUUGUAAUGAAGCUGUGGCCAAAAAUGUAACUAAUGUUACAUGCACCUUUAAAAACGAGUGCAAUCAGACGCAAAGUCAAAUAUUUUCCAUCAAUCCCAUAAAAGCUACUGAUUCGUACUGUAAAGCAGAAGGUGACUGGGGAAACACCAAAACUGGUUAUACUGUUCAGCUAAAAUGCAGAAACCAGGCUGGAUCGAGGCAAAGAACAUGCAUCAAAAGAGACAACAAAGGUGUUUGGGAAAAGGAGCAGAAUUCAUGCGUGCCCUUGCUACUGAAAAAUGUGCUGGACAGUGCAAAAAUUGCUGGCACUGGACUUGGCGAAUUGCAGGAAAAUGUUGGAAAUGUAUUUUCUGGCUUACAGAAUGUCACUGCAACAGAGAAUAUAAAUUCUCCAGCCAGUAUAAAUACAUCUAUUCAAGUAUUUCAGACCCUAACUGGCAUUCUACACAAUAAAACAAUAGAGAAUGACACAACAAUAAAUAACAUGCUGAACUCCUCCAGCAAUUUGCUGAACAACACUAAUAAAGAUUCAUGGGUUACCACAACUCUGGGAGACAGCUCAAAAUCAUUGGCAGAGAAUUACCUGCUCUCAGUUGAGCUAUUAGUUGCGAAGGCAAACAUAACCAAAAAUAUCAUUAAGCCAAAACUAGAGGUAUCAACAUGUAUUUCUACAGAGUGUAAUACCACUGUUUUAAAUGCCAAUGUCACGUUGGGCUCUUCAGACAGUGGAACAGUGAAAACAACUGGAUUCCAAAAUAUAAGUGGUUAUUUACCCAGUAAAAUCAACGACAGUGACCCCAACUCCAUUGUCGUGUCAGCAACUAAAGAAGAUGCCACUAAUAUUGAGAUUAAAAUAAAUUUCCCUCUCAUCAAUCCAAGGCCUCGCAAUGUUGAGCUAGUAUGCGUCUCAUGGAACAACAUUACGAGUGAGUGGAGUAAAGAUGGAUGUACAUGGGGGGGUGCUUCUAAUGAGGGACAAUGCAUUUGCUACCAUUUGUCUUCAUUUUCAAUUCUAAUGUCAAAACGUCCCUUGGACGUCCCUGGGUUAACUCUGAUGACCUAUGUUGGCCUGUCCAUAUCAGUCGUUUCACUUUUUUUCUGCCUCAUAAUAGAAAUGAUCGUCUGGAGUGACGUAGUCAAGACAAACACUUUGUAUUUACGCCAUACCGCCCAUGUUAACAUUUCUCUGUGUUUGCUGGUUGCAAACUGUUGCUUUCUGGGAUCAUCUGAACCCAAAAACAUCGCAGAAAUCUGGUGCGAAACCUUUGCAGUGGUGAAACAUUUCUGUUACCUGGCCAUGUUCUUUUGGAUGUUGUGUUUGAGCACCACACUUCUUCAUCAAUCAGUUUUCUUGUUCCAUAAAGUGAGCAAGAAAAGCUACAUGCGGUUCUCGAUAAUUGUGGGCUAUGUUUGUCCUUUGCUGAUUGUGUUUAUAACAUUUCUUGCCACUAAAGCUAGUGGUGGCUCGUACUUCUCAAAGGAUACCUGUUGGCUGGUUUAUGGUGGACUAUUGAAGGGCACCAUCUUCACGUUUGUAAUUCCAGUGGGUAUAAUUGUUUUUGUCAACACCUUCUCCAUGCUUGUGGUAAUCAUGAAGCUUUUGGAUCACCAUAAAAGUGCAGAGACGUCUGCCGAAAAAGAAAAAGCAGCUGCUAAAAUUGUUUUGAGGUCAGUUAUUUUUCUGACUCCAAUCUUUGGCGUGACGUGGGGUUUUGGAUUUGCUGUGCUGGCUAUGGAUCUCACCGAAGGAAUCCAAGCUUUGGCAGUCAAUUACAUCUUUAACCUGCUAAAUGCGUUCCAGGGGUUCUUCAUCUUGCUGACCACGUGCGUGGCUGACCAAAGGACUCGCGAAUCACUACUGACUCGCCUCAAAAUAAAAGCUCCAGCGUCCGUCAGCGACAGCACCACAAAGGUAGACACAACGUGGAAGAAGUAAAAACCUCCUCAACUUGUAUAAGUUUUUUUUUUUUGUGUGUGUGUGUGUUUUUAGAAAAACUUUUUAAAAAUUAUUUUAUCAUUUUUUAAGAGGGUGACAAUGUAAAAUCUAAGCUGCAUUUACUCUUGGAAGCAAAUAUUUCUUUAACAGUUUAAUGAAAUGUCAUUGUACAUCACUUCAUAAGUCUUAAACCAACUCUAAACUUCUUUAUGUAUUCUUAAAAGAACAGGAAAUAUGUGCAGUGUCUAACUGAAACAUGUAAACAUACAUAGAAAUGUAGUUUAUAAAGCAAAAUCAGAGUUUGGACCAUUUUAAUGAGCUUGAAAGUCAAUAUUUGGUAUUAUUUAACACACCCUCUUAGACAAACUUUCUCAUAAUUUAUGUAAUCUACAAGUGAUUAUUCUCCAGAAGGGCUAACCAAAGCUCUUUUGGAUGUCAGCUGCAUGUUCUUUUCUCUGUAAAGAUCAUGGAUGGACCAGGAACAUAAAGAAAUUAGUGGUGGUUAAGACUUUUGCAAAGUACUACUGUAACAUGUGUAUAUGCAUUCCUUUUUGUUGCUUCUUUAACUCAUUGGGACUGGAGAUCUCUAAAAUUAGCUCAGGUUGCUGUUCUAACAGGUCUUAAUUGUUUACAUAAAAUAACAUAAAAAUGCAAGAUGUGAAUUGAACAAUACUGUAUAUAUUGUUACUAACUGAAGUUUAAGCAGUCAAAAUACAGCCUAACUGACAAAGUGAGCUAAAUUUUCUGCAAGUUUAUUUGUAUUGUAUUUAAUUUUAUUGCAUUUCAUUUUAAUUGUAUUUAUUUAAGCUUUAUUUGAGUGUUGUUUUUUGUAAAACCCUGUUUUCCUCA